CAAGAGAAUACGAAAGACAAAAGCGCAAUCACUUUUUCCAUGGCUUUGGCGUCAAUAAUCCUAAGUCAGCACACACGAACAACACUAUACUUGUGAGGUUAUUUGAGAAAUACACAACGGACCCUGAGCAAAUAUCCUACUUCGGACUUUUAGACGCAGGAGCUGCUUUGGCAACAUUGCUCAGGAGCGUUUUCAAUCGACGGGCAAUUUUACUAAUAGACGAAUACGAUGGGCCGAUAAGGCACGCACUCCUCAACCCGAAUGUUACAAACGGUAAUGCUACUAAAAUCAAUGAUUUUCUCGCCGAAUUCUUGAAAAAAUUAGUAAAAUCAGGUCAAAGGCUUGUCGAGCGUUCACUGCUUACUGGCAUUACCAGAGUAGGGAGUACAUAUUCUCUCGAAAUCAAUAAUCUAAAAUUUUACCGAAUAUUCGAUGAACCAAAAAUUGCCCCUUAUUAUGGAUUUACACGGGAAGAAGUCAUACAUCUUAGCAAAAAAUUUUCGGUUGAAGAUAAGAUUGACUUAAUGACAGAUUAUUACGAUGGCUUCAAAAUAGAUGAAGGCUCAUCCAUGUUUUGCAUGGAGUCGGUGAUUAGUUUUUUGCAUUUUCGAGUUUGA